AUGAAUAUCCAUCGACUUCUCGAUAACUCUGAAGAGGUCUAUUCUCAUGCUGCCUUUAAUAAGGAAUCUGAACAAGAAUACAAGAAUCAAGAGAUUCAAACUGAAAGUAAAAGCGUUGGACCCAGCUUUAUUUUUGGUGGCAAUCUACCAACUUACAAUUGUUUUGCAAGUUGUGAUAACCAAAAUUCUGCUCAUAAAUUAUCGUCGUUGCCUUCACUUAUUCGUUCCUAUGAAUUCUCUCCCCAACCACCACUAAUUACGAGUAAAGAAAAUAUUUAUUAUGAACCACGCGAAAAACUUUUACUGGAUGGCGCGGAGCUUUGGUCUCAAUUCUAUAGUGUUGAAAACGAGAUGAUCAUCACAAAAUCGGGCAGAUGCAUGUUUCCACUAUUAAAAUUUAAGCCCAUGAACCUUGAUCCAUCGGCUACAUAUUCUUUUAUCGUUGAUUUUAUUCAAGUAUCUCCUACUCGUUUCCGGUUUAAAAAAGGAAGUUGGGUUUCUAUCGGUGUAGAUAAACGCAAAUUUUCUCUAAACAAUUUAAAUAGUCGAAACGGGAGAAUUAAAACUGGCAUGGUUGGAGGUCGUCCGUUUAAGCAUCCUGACUCCCCUCAAUCUGGUAAUUUUAAUAAAUUUAGAAAUUUAACUAAAUUUAAUGAAUGA